AUGGGAAAGAACAGUUUGAAACGGGCCAUUGAACUGGAUGUCGUUGAUUUCGCUGAGCAUACCAGUGCUCAUGGAAUUCCAAGAGCAUAUGUAUCAACUGGAUGGAGGAGAUAUAUGUGGUUACUUUGUUUUCUUUUCUGUCUUUCUUGUUUCGGACAUCAAGCGUAUCUGAUUAUUGAAAGAUUUAACAGAAAUGAUAUCAUAGUUGGUGUGGAGAUCAAGUUCGAAGAAAUCAAGUUUCCAGCUGUGACAGUUUGUAACAUGAACCCAUAUAAAAACUCGGCGGCUCGCGAACUCGGAGCAAUCAGAAAUGCACUGGAAGCAUUCGAAAUGGCAAUAGAUAAAAGUGAUGGAAAUGCUCAUUCGAAAAGAAUGAAACGGUCGUCGAAUUCUAAAAUGAUAGCAGUUGACUUGAUGUGUAAAGAGGAACAUGGAAUGUUGAUGGCUAAUGAAUUCGGACAUUUGGAAUGUACAUGCAUCACAUUUGAUGACUCGGAAACGAACGAGGAAGAUGAUGAAAUGUAUUGGAAUUGCCACCUGAAAAAUGACUGGAAUCAUAGAAUUUGCCACGUAGCAGAAGAACACAACCAGCUGAAAACCUGCAAAUGUCAUGAAGAAAACUGCAUUGAAGAUGGUGUCACUAAGCAGAUGAUGUGGCCAUUGCAGAUGAAAAGAAACGGAACAAAACUGUGUAUUUCUGUAGAAUCCGGAGGUCCCAGUUACUGUGCAAAUUCUCAGAAAUUUGAAGUUUCCAAGUGUAAAAGUUGCGAUUGGUUGGGGAAAUGUGAAGAAAAAAAUGAAGAAGAACAUGGAGUUGAAGAAGAGAAAAAGUCAUGUAUAUGUCAUCGUGGAAACUGUUUUCAGAUUAAAAAUAACUCAAAAGUAGGAAUGGAAGUAUCAACAGAGUUCAACAGUAGAGUUAGAGUAUUUCAGAAAAAGAAGCGAAGAGUUCCGGAAAGGAAAGUGCAUGAACGUCUUCUGAGUCGAUACGAAGGCCUUCUUGCUGUCUAUUCUCAUUGUAAUUGCACAACACAACAUGGAUGUGUCUCUACUUCUGUACCUGAUAUGGAUCUGGAAAACUCAAAUAAAACGUGUCUUUGUUUUUAUAAUCAGAAAAAUGAACAAGUGUGGCCAUGCUACAAAGAACCAGAAUGGGAAGAAAGGAAGUGCAGCAGGUGUAACACUCUCGGAGACUGUGUGUAUACAGAUAAACCGAAGAAACAAAAUAUAUCAUGUCUGUGUGCAACUCCAAUCAAAAUGUGUGUUCGUAUUGAUCCUCCACAAACCAAUGAAACCACUUUAGAUGAUCGAAUUGUAAAGUUUUGGGAUAUUCAGCCAUCGACUACAAUGUCUCCGAUUGUGAAAAAGAAGGAAGAACGAGAUAAAGCUUAUGGAUAUUCUGGAGUGAAAGAUAGAAUUGCUCUGAGAGCGAAAGCGAUGGAGAAUAUUAUAUUCGCUGUCGAUGCGUUGACAGAAUCUCAGAAAUGGCAGAUAUCAUAUGAUAAAUCUGAUUUUAUAAUGAAAUGCUCAUUCAAUGGACAGGAAUGUAAUGUCAAACAUGAUUUCGUGGAAUAUCUGGAUCCAACUUACGGAGCAUGUUUCACUUACGGCCAAAAGUUGGGAAAUAUUACGAACGAACGAUCAGGACCAGCUUACGGAUUACGAUUGGAAGUGUUCGUAAAUGUGACUGAAUAUUUACCGACAACGGAAGCAGCUGGAGUUCGACUGACAGUUCAUGCAACAGAUGAACAACCAUUUCCUGAUACACUUGGAUUCUCAGCUCCCACGGGCUUUGUCAGCAGUUUUGGUAUCAAACUGAAGUCAAUGGUCAGACUUCCUGCUCCAUAUGGUGAUUGUGUGCAAGAAGGAAAGACAGAAGAUUUUAUUUACACUCAGAAAGCAUAUAAUACAGAAGGAUGUCAGAGAAGUUGUAUUCAAAAACAUCUAUCACAGACAUGCGGAUGCGGAGAUCCCAGAUUUCCUCCGUAUAGAGAAUCUAAGAAUUGUCCGGUUGAUGAUCCAUAUAAAAGAGAGUGCAUCAAAAAUGAAAUGCACGUGGCAACAAGAGACUCGAAGAAACUUGGAUGUUCUUGCAAACAACCUUGCAACCAAGACGUCUAUUCUGUGUCGUAUUCUGCAUCACGAUGGCCAGCAAUCGCAGGAGAUUUGUCAGGAUGUCCGCAUGGAAUGGCUGCUCAACACUGUUUAAUGUACAAAAGGGAACAAGGAUCAAUGAUUGAAGUGUACUUCGAACAACUCAACUAUGAAUCUCUUCUGGAAUCUGAAGCAUACGGUUGGUCGAAUCUUUUAUCAGAUUUCGGAGGUCAGCUCGGUUUGUGGAUGGGUGUUAGUGUUAUUACUAUCGGAGAAGUCGCUUGUUUCUUCUUCGAAGUAUUCAUCUCAAUCAUAAGUUCAAAUCGAACGAAACGGCGUCCCGCGAGGAAAUCAUUCAGUUCGUCUCUUCGAUGUUCAACUGAUUAUAAUUUGAACAAAGACGGGUUCAAUCUCGACAAUUAA